AUGGAGAUGGAUGCACAAACCCUAACCAGGCGGCACGAUGUUCUAAAGAACCUUCGUCAACGAGUCCAGGACUGGGAAUACUUCUUUCUCUCCCCUAGCGAUCUUCAAGGUCUCGGAAUCCAAGCUUUUCAAGUGGGAAUAACAGAUCAUGGUAUUCUGCAAUUUCAACCAUGUUUUUUCCUGCCUCACCCGGAGAGAGUCCUCGAAAAAUAUCCCUUGGACACUUCGGUAAUCGAGGCCCAUAACUAUGCAAAGCUGGAUAACCGCCCAGACUUUGAUUCCCAUUUGAGAGACGUCCUCACAGACUGUCCAAAUGCAGAAGACCCUCUCACACUUGCACGGCACUCUUAUGAGGAAGCCAUGAUGGUGUCGGGGCCGGACCAGUGGGAGACCCAUGCCCGAGAUACACAGUACUAUAUGUACUGGCAAAUGGGUCAGCACCGGAAGGGGCGACCGACAUGCUCUUCUCUUCUUGACCUUGGAUCUCUUAGAGUGCAGCGGACGAAAGGAAAUAGAAAUGACCCCUGGACUUGUGAGAGGGGCUUUGGCCCACACUGGCGGAUCGAAAGCGUCCUAGAAGACGGUGACGAAAGCUCACCUAUGCCACAUGCGAUUAUGGAAACUAUCGCACACGUCCCUGCAAAUCAUAACGACCAGUGUCUCACGCUUCAUGAAGUAAGAGCUAUAGUCGUCAUGAUGCUCAUUCGAACAUCUCACAGGCCCUUCCGGAGAUAUCCUAUCCAUCCAUUAUUAGUUCUCUCCUAUAUGGGCGAACAGCACGGAAGGAUCAUUCAAGCUUCAUUUGAUGGAGACAUUUUGGUUCUACAGUAUUCUCAACUGUGGAGCUUCGAGAACGAGGAUACAGCACCGGUGGAACUCUUCAUGCGCUACAAUAUAAGCCAGCCAGUUGGACUGGAGAGAUCGGACGUUUGUGUUCGAUCACUUGCGGAAUCAGUAGCAUCAAUGAGCUUAACAUAA